AUGCAAAUAGUGGAUUCGACGACGUCCGAGUACAUGCGACGACGGGACGAGGCGGCGAGUUUUAAGUGCUCGGGCGGGAUGUUCGAUUGCGAUUCGGAUAGACGAGAGUACGCGCGCGCGCAGACGGAGCGCCUGCGAGCGAGAAUCGCGACGAGGGAUCCGGAGAUGGACGCCGAGGAGGUUUCGCCGUGCACGGUGGAGGAUCCGUGCACGGAUAACGUGCUGCAGGCGGCGUUGGCGGGGGUGCAAGGCUUGACGACGAGCGAAAAAUUGGAAAAGAUGGGACGACCGACGGACGCGGUGAAUUCGUCGAGUCAGUAUUUCGGUUUUUGA